CUACGUCAUCAGCGCUCCCCCGCUCUUUCUUCCGCGUGUUCAGCAGAACGUCGCAGCUCUUUUCUUGUUGUUGGCCUCACAGAAACAUCGCAGAGGAACAUGGCUGCAGUCGGGCUGCAGAGGAAGAGGCUCCUUCGGGACGAGGACAUGACCAAGGUGGAGUUUGAGACCAGCGAGGAGGUGGACGUCACCCCCACCUUCGACACGAUGGGCCUGCGGGAGGACCUGCUGCGCGGCAUCUACGCUUACGGUUUUGAGAAGCCGUCAGCGAUCCAGCAGAGAGCCAUUAAGCAGAUCAUCAAAGGCCGUGACGUCAUCGCCCAGUCUCAGUCUGGAACUGGGAAGACGGCCACCUUCUGCGUGUCGGUGCUGCAGUGUCUGGACAUCCAGGUGAGGGAAACCCAGGCUCUGAUCCUUGCUCCAACCAGAGAGCUGGCCGGACAGAUCCAGAAGGUGCUGCUGGCUCUGGGGGACUACAUGAACGUCCAGUGUCACUCCUGCAUCGGCGGGACCAACGUGGGCGAGGACAUCAGGAAGCUGGACUACGGUCAGCACGUGGUCUCAGGGACCCCGGGGCGCGUGUUUGGUGAGGUUCAUUGAAGACCUGCUGCUCUCUGCCUCCAUUAAGCAUGCCGAGUCCCUAUUUAUUCACAUAUCUAAAUCCGGAGUAUACUUCAUAUUUACUUUAUGAACCCUGAAGCCACAUGGGGGUCCUCGGCGGCUGCUGGCGCCAGAUGACCAUCAGCCACGGUGGUCGUCUUGAGUUGAGGGAAGCUCAACAUCCCAUAAUGCUGCUGGGUGUAUUAUGCAGUUCAGUGUCAAUAUACCAUUCAAUAGGAACACAUAUUAUAAUUAGGGCUGUGAAACGAAUACGAAUUUUAAUCGGGUUAAUCACAGGUUUUUGUGGAUUAAUCAUGAUUAAUCACAUAUUACCGAUAUUCUCGGUAUAUUUUGUGAGAACAUAGAGAUUUAUGACAAAAGACGGAUAUAUACAUUUAUACAUU